UUGAGGUCAGUGACCUACAGGUCAAUUCAAGAUGGCUGCCAACCGGUUGCAGACGAUUGCACAGCACCUGGCAGUGGCACCAGCAGGUGGACCUACAGUGAGAGCCGUCCCCACCAGUGGUGGACUGUCCAGUGUCCCAACUAGCCAGGAGUUCCGCUACACUGUGGAUGGCGGGGCCCUCAGUCACGAGCAGAGGAAGUUCUACGAGGAAAAUGGCUUCAUAGUCAUCAGGAACCUGAUAUCAGAUGACAAGCUCGAUGUCUACCGCCAACAUUUUGAGGCUAUCUGCCGUGGUGAGGUGACAGUACCUGGUCUGACCAUCAUGAAGGACAUCAGCCUGGUCAAGUCCAAGGCCAAGCUUCCCAAGGACAGUACGUCUGUCACCAAGAUACAGAGUUUCCAGGAUGACCCAGUGCUGAUGGGAUACUGUGCUGACCCUGAGAUACUGCAGUAUGUGGAGAGCUUCAGUGGUCCAAACAUCUCUGUGGCUCACACCAUGCUCAUCAACAAGCCUCCAGACCCAGGCAGUAAGAGUUCCCGCCACCCCCUGCACCAGGACAUGUACUACUUCCCCUGGCGCCCCACAGACAGGGUGGUGUGUGCCUGGACCGCCAUGGAACAUGUGGACCGGUCCAACGGCUGUCUGGUUGUGCUGCCGGGUUCACACAGGGAGGGAACCAUCAAGGAACAUGGCUACCCUCAAUGGGAGGGAGGAGUGAACUACUUGUACCACGGGAUCCUGGACUUUGAUGAGAAGACUCCCCGUGUUCACCUGGAGAUGGAGAAAGGAGACACGGUGUUCUUCCACCCCAUCCUCAUCCACGGGUCAGGCAUGAACAGGACCAAGGGAUUCAGGAAGGCGAUCUCUGGUCAUUAUUUCCAGACGGACUCCACCGUCAUAGAUGUGACAGGAACAGUCCAAGAGAAAGCCAUCAGGGAGACAAUCCAAAUGCUGCUUAAGCAGAGGAGGCUGGGCAAGGACCACCCCUUUAACAAAAUGUCACUCAAGGACAUGGCCGUCAUGACUACCAAAGGUAGGCGCCGUGUGGUGAAGGGUGAACCACUUCCUCUGCAGUACUGAGGAGAAAACUGGACCAACUGACCUGUCUGGAACACUGACAACAACAUCAACAGUUUCUGCUGGUGAUCCUGAAGGCAUAGUGAAGAUUUUUAAUGAAAAGACUUCACUAUCACAUCACUUUUUACAUUAAGAAUCUGCAACUGUCCAAAGCUGUUGAUAUAAUUUCAUGCCAAGAAAA